UCUCUCCACUCCCUCUCUCUUAUUACUCCCUCCCCUCUCUCUUCCUCCCCUCUCUCUCACCCCUCCCUCUCACCCUCUCCCUCUCUCUCACCCUCCCUCUCACCCCUCCCUCUCUCUCACCCCUCCCUCUCACCCUCUCCCUCCCUCUCGCCCUCUCCCUCUCUCUCACCCUCCCUCUCACCCCUCCCUCUCUCUCACCCCUCCCUCUCACCCUCUCCCUCCCUCUCUCCCCCUCCCUCUCCCUCUCACCCUCUCCCUCUCUCUCACCCCUCCCUCUCACCCACCCCUCCCUCUCCCCCUCUCCCUCCCUCUCACCCUCUCUCUCACCCUCUCCCUCCCUCUCACCCCUCUCUCUCACCCUCUCCCUCU